CUGUCUAAUUGUAGGAUCUUUUCAUAUGUGAUGUUUUUGUUUCUUGCAGAGACUUCGAUUCACUGUCCAAAGAGAAUGUCUAUGAGAACAAUCGCCUGGCAUUUGAAGUGGCUGAACAGGAGCUGGGAAUUCCAGCACUCUUGGACCCAGAGGAUAUGGUGGCCAUGCGUGUCCCAGACCGGUUAAGCAUUCUGACCUAUGUUUCUCAGUUCUACAACUAUUUCACCAACCAGACUCAUGCUGGAGUACCCCCCUCCAUGAAGAGACCAGCUGGAAUAUCACCAUCAGAACCAUCAAUCAAGAAACCAGUCACCGUCAGCAAACAAGUCCUCUUAGCAAAUAGUGAUUCCUCAGAGGAAGUUGCUGAGAGGCCUCGCUGGAAUACGCUCAGCAGCAUGUGUGCAAUUUGCAACAAACAUGUUCACUUGGUGCAGAGAUACUUGGUGGAUGGGAAACUUUAUCAUCGCAACUGCUUCAGAUGUAAGGAGUGCUCCAGUACUCUGCUCCCUGGAGCCUAUAAACCUGGCACACAUUCAGGCACUUUUGUCUGUACGCACCAUCGAGGGCAAGUCACCAGUCGGCCACAGCGUCCUCUGUCCGUUCCGCAAUCCCGCCUAGGCUCUGGCUCCUUGCCUGCACAGACACUGUCAUCAACUAGCCCACUGACAUUGCGCCAUUCCCUAGGAACCACAAAAGGAUCGGAAGAUGUUAAAGGCAGCCCAUCAUUAGAGCCACAAGUAAAUGAAGAGGAAGGUGUGGAGCCAUCAGGCACCCAAGAGGGUCUUUCCAUUUCAGUUAAGCAGCUUUCUGCAGCCUUUUCCGUCUCCACUGAAAAGAGUCACCCUAGCACUGGCAUAGCAACAGGACAGCUGGAGCUUUCCAACAGCUCCAAUUUCAAGGGCACAUCAGAGCCCAAAGUGGAAUCCUACCUAACAAAGGGAGCACAAAGAUCAUCAGAGUCCAGUGAUCCCAAAGAACAGGCUGAGCAUGGGGUAGGCGAGCAGCUGUUACCAGUACUGCAGUCAGAACUACAGGAUUCUCAGAACAAACAACAACAAGUAGCAAGUAUGGACAUGGGCAGUGCCACAGAGAAUGGAAUGAGCAGCAACACCUCGGGGACUCCAGCCAUACAUGUCAGUGAAAGCCAGAAUACAAACUUAGCUUCAGUAAACAGAACAACACCUGAUGAGAAGCUGAAGGCUCCUGUUCCAGUUCCAAGGAAAAUGAUUGACUCUGCGUCAUCAACUGUGGCAACACCACAUCCAGUGCCUCGACCGCGGAUUAGCUUUGGUGGUGGUGGAGGAAGUGGAACAAGUGAAACAUCUGUCCAGAAAUCGGAAAGCAGUUUGCUGGUAAAUGGAGGAGUGACUGAGCAAACAGCACCUGUACCAAAGCCACGAGACCGUCCACAAUCCCUUCCAGAGAGGAAAGACGAAGACAUCAAAUCUAAAGGCCAUCCUUGGAUGGCAUUGGUGAAUUCCGAAGUGAAGAGAAGACCCGCACCCCCUCGGCCCGGAGCACCCACCAACCCCAGCAGCACUCAGCAAGGCACCACAGAAUCUGUUCCCCUAAAUCCAUUUGAAGUGGAGGAGGAGGAGGAGGAGGAAACAAACAAUGUGUCUGAGAAAGUGCAGAGUGCAGCCCCCAUGGAAACCACUCCCAAAUCAAACCACCCAUGGUAUGGUAUUCAGCCAGCCAACAGUCCCAGGAGUAAGAAGCGGCCUGCACCCCCACUGCCAAAUGCAUCCCCUUCAGCCUCUCGUUCACUCCAGUUUCAGACCCACAGUUCUUCAGUCUCUGAAACAGGCCCAUCCCCUUCCCUCAGCAUGGAGAGUAUUUCUGGGAAUUCAGCAAAGUCUACUCCAGAACUGCACAGGAAAUGGGAAGCUGAGGCGGCUGACAAUAGUCCUGCCAUAGUCAGGAGUUCAGCCACGUCCAACGGGAGUCCAGGAGCCAGUGAGAAUGCCCUGUUGAAUGCUGAGAGUCCGACACCCUCCAGUCAUCACCGGCCUCCACCAAAGCCUCCAGUCAGCUGUAGCCCUAGGUUAUCCACUCAUCCAUCCCCUGAAACAAACAGGGUACAACACUGCAGCCCUGACCUCCAGCCAAAGUCUUCAUGCAAAGAAAAUCCAUUUGAUAGAAAAUCCAGUCCAGCUGGAGUAACUGCUCCCCCCCGGCCUCGGAAAGGACCGAAACCAGCACGGCCUCCAGCCCCCGGCCAUGGCUUCCCAUUGAUUAAGCGCAAGGUGCAUGCAGAUCAAUAUAUUCCCGAGGAGAAUAUCCAGGGAGAGUUGGAACAACUAGAACAGAGUCUGGAUGAACUGGAACAUCGUGGGGUUGCAUUAGAGGAGAAACUGCGCAGCUGUGAAAAUGAUGAAGAUGAAGAUGAUCUCCUGGUUGAUUGGUUCAAACUAAUCCAUGAGAAGCACAUGCUGGUUCGCCGUGAGUCAGAGCUGGUUUACACUUUCAAGCAGCAGAAUUUGGAGGAACGGCAAGCUGACGUGGAGUAUGAACUACGCUGUCUACUUAACAAACCGGAGAAAGAUUGGACCGAUGAGGAUCGAGCACGAGAGGCAGAGUUGAUGCAGGAAUUGAUUACGGUCAUCGAGCAAAGAAAUGCCAUCAUCAACAGCCUGGAUGAAGACCGGCAGCGAGAGGAAGAGGAAGAUAAAUUGUUGGCAGCAAUGAUAAAAAACAAAGACUUUCACAAGGAUCCCAAUAGUGAAAUAAAGAAAAAGUUAAAAUUCAAACCCAGCAAGAUGUUGAAAUUUCUAGGCAACAAGCCAGAAGUAAAGUCAAAAAGUGCCAAAGAGAAGAAUUUGUGAUUGGUGGAAAUGCUGGAAAGAAUGGGAAGCUGCAAGUGCAGCACCAGCUGACAUUGACCAACGGGUCUGCACUUUUUGGGACUGGUUCAACUUGGCAGCAUCUGCUGAUUGUUCAUAGGAAGAAGAUUUGGUCUCAUACUGACAUUAGGCAGCUCCGUCAUGGUGCUGUCAGAGAUUAUUUACUAUAUAUCCUUAGUUGAUGUGCAAUAGAAGUCACUACAGUCCUGUAUAAUUUGUAUUUAGUGCAUUUUACACAACAGCUGAGACACAUUCAUUAUUCUUUCUCAAGCUAAAACCUGCCUUUUCCCACUGUCCAGUUUUGUGCAGUUUCCCAGGUACAGGCUCUGCCUGACCCUGUGGUUGUUUACUGUGGCCAAGUCACACCGGCAUCACGUAUUGCUCUGGAGUUUUGUUUUCAGUGUGUGAAGAUCCUGUUCAGUUCCUGCCAUGCAAUGCCCGAUCACUGCACAAAUAGUUUUCUCAAGACCUAGCAACUCUUACAACGACUCUAAAGUCUCCAGAUUGUUACCUGUCUGUGUGUGCUGGUUAUCUUGUGGUACAGCAUUUACUAUUGUCACCACAAGAAAGUUCUCAAUCUUUCUCAGUUGUAACUGAAAUCUUUGCAACGAGAGUAUCCAAAAACAGUACCUUACCGGUGAUAACAUAUCAAUAUCAUGUACACCCAUACUGAUACUUAGUACGCUGUGUACUCAGCUGAUGGAGGACAGGCCAUUCUGGGGUUACAGGUGUUGAACUCUCUGGUGUGGAGGGUUCAAUAGGUACUGUGUACUCCAAGGCUGCAGACACUGCCCAUUCUGGUGGUUUUGCAGUGCCCUGGACAAUUGGGUGAGGAGGAUGCAUUACAUCAAGCACUCUGGGGAAAGGGUGUUGAGUUGAGGUAUUGUAUCAGGUAGAUACCCAGGGUCCUGAAAUUUGAGUUUGUGACAGGGGCCAGAGCUAGAAUCUCAGCAAUAAGAUUCUACGUCAUGAUUGCGACCAGUCUAAAUAGUUUCUCCAAUAUACAGUAUUUUGUAAUGCCAGUGGUGGAUAUCAUUUCUUACCAGGCGGAAUUGGGUACUGCAGAUGCUGGAGGUUAGGGUCAGGAUUGGAGUGGUGCUGGAAAAGCACAGCAGGUCAGGCAGCA